CCUGCAUUUGCAUUCCUUCUCUUCCUACAGAGAGAAAGCGAUAGCGCAGCCGGGCUUCAGUCUUUCCUCCACUACCAUUCUCUACCCUCAACACCCUUUCAGUCAAAUAAAUGCCGGCACCAAAGAACAGGAAGGUGGCCAUUGUUGGCAGUCGGUCUGUCGGCAAGUCGUCGCUUGCAGUCCAGUUUGUAGAUGGCCACUUUGUCGACAGCUACUACCCGACCAUCGAGAAUACCUUUAGCAAGACCAUCCGGUAUAAGGGCCAGGAAUUUGCGACUGAGAUUGUCGAUACAGCUGGCCAAGAUGAAUACAGCAUUCUAAACUCGAAGCACUUCAUCGGCAUCCAUGGCUACAUGUUGGUCUACUCGGUGUCGUCUUUGCCAUCCUUUGAGAUGGUGCAAGUAAUUCGAGAGAAGAUUCUGAACCACCUAGGUACCGAGUCGGUCCCUAUCGUCAUCGUCGGAAACAAGAGCGACCUCCGUCCCGAACAGCGACAGGUCACCGCCGAGGAGGGCAAGAGAGUAGCAGAGAAGAUUCAGUGCGGCUGGACGGAGGCAAGCGCGCGGUACAACGAGAACGUAGGAAAGGCCUUUGAGCUGUUGAUCGCCGAGAUCGAGAAGGCCCAAAACCCGGGCGAGGCGGCCGAGGGCGGCAAGUGCAUUCUCAUGUAGAAGGCGUCUGCCUGUCCGUCUAGCCAUAGAAAUUGCUUGUAUCAAUACCUUCGUUUC